AUGAUGGAAAAUGGUCGAGAUUUGCCAGAGUCGAUUAUUCAUCUCCAAACCACAUCAACAAGUAUGGAAGAUGAUUGCCAAUUAACGCCUUUCAAUCAUUACUCUCAACAUUUAAAAAAUCCGGAUAAUAUCUAUCGAGAAGAGAAAUAUUUUCCAACUGCUUUAUAUGGAAGUCAUUUGGGAUGGAGUCACAAUUCUUAUUCCAACAAUUUACUCAAUUUGAUGCUCAAUUUAGAGAAAUAUUGCAAUGGAACAAUGACCUAUCCAUUCUACGAUCCUCGACCAAAACAUUCGAUUAAUGUCUCUUUGAAAGAUGCGAUUCGAUCUCCGCAAAUCAUUUGCACAAGAACACCGUACGACAAUAGUCGAGAUCAAGUGCUGAACUUAAAAAAUUUGACGUUAAUGUGGUGUCGAAUGGUUUCCCAUUAUUUUGACUGGACAGCCGGGAUACCGGAUUUGCUGAGAAUGGCUGAGGAGGAUCGGAUCAGUUUAUGCGUGCAUCAGCUGUGUAAAGUCAUCUGUUUCACCCUCUCUUUUGCCACUUACGAACACAAUUGUGAUGGUCUUCUUUUCGCUGGCGGAAUCUAUUUCCCACCAAAUUUCCACAAAAGCAAUAUUCAGCCGGAAAUUCAAAACUACGUUGGUCGUUUGUAUGAAGUGAUUCGAAAGAAAGUGAUCCCAAUCUUUCAAGAUCUUCAAUUUACUUUUGAGGAGUACGUUCUCGUCAAACUAUUGCUUUUUUUUGGAGCUGAUACAGCAUUUCUUGGCGAAGAUCAACACAAUAGUCGUGGAGUGAUCGGAGAGGCGACAAAGAAAUACCGGCAUGCACUUAUCGAACAUCAGAAAUCGAGAUAUCCAUAUAUGUCAACGUAUGAAAUUGGAUUGAGACUUGUCAGGAUGUACAGUAUAUUUUCGUUUAUGGAGAUUCUCCACGAAUUGGAUCAAAGUUCUUUGGCUGAAUUGGUUGUUCUGAACAAGGGAAAUCUUCAAGGAGAGCUCACUUUUGAUAUUCAUGUCAGAACAACGAGAAAUCAU